UUCGAGAGAAAGAAAGACUGCUGCUAUCCAUUUCCAAGUCGAACAAAACCCUCUCUCUCUCGAAUUAAGCAUUCGUUGGAAAUCUUUUCAAGUUUCUUGUAGAAAAACCCUAGCUCUAUUCUUCAGCGUUUAGGGUUAUCUAGAAUGGCAGCUCGAACCCUUUCCCUUCUUCUACCGGCUUCAUAUGCCUUCUCGCCAUCCGGCUCUCGAAGAACCGGCCGGCCCGGUUGUCUACCUCUGCAGUCGAGCGUCAAAUCGGGCGGUUUAGCAAGCUCGCUGCUCUGUGAUGUCGCUUUCCUCAGAUCCAGGAAUCAAACGGCUCGAAUUCAUCGGCCAGUUACUAAGGCCUCCAUUUUCUUCAUGCUCCCGACUGCGAAACCAGACAGGGCUCCUGCUGACAAGCUUCCCAAAUGGUCUGCAAGGGCGAUAAAGGCUUUUGGCAUGGCCGAAUUAGAAGCGAGGAAGUUGAAGUACUCAACAACGGGGACUGAAGCUCUUCUCAUGGGCAUCUUGGUUGAGGGAACCAGUGUUGGAUCUAAGUUUUUACGUGCUAAUGGAAUUACUCUUUUCAAAGUACGAGAGGAAAUUGUCAAGUUACUUGGAAAAUCAGACAUGUACUAUUUCAGUCCUGAGCAUCCACCAUUGACUGAACCAGCUCAAAGGGCACUCGAUUGGGCUGUUGAUGAGAAAAUGAAAUCAGGUGAAGGUGGGGAAGUGACUACAACCCAUUUGCUCCUAGGCAUUUGGUCAGAGAGAGAUUCAGCUGGUCACAAGAUAAUGGCUUCAUUUGGUUUCGAUGAUGAGAAAGCUAAAGAGCUGGCCAAGUCUAUGAAUGGCGAUGCUGUUCUGUCCUACAGGUAGAGACCAAAAGGUUUCAAAAUGCAGUUGUUUGAUUGCCUUGAAGAAGAACUUCUGCAGCCACUUCCUGAAUGAGUUUGCAAAAUUUGUUUGCGUUCUCUUUUCUUUUCUUUUCAUUUUUUUCUUCCACCAGAGGGCGCUUGUGCUCAACAGGAGACUUCGAAUUUUGCUAACCUUCUUUUCAAGGCAUCCAAGCAGAGUGAAGGAAAAAAAAAAGAAGGAUCCAAUCCCAUCUGUGUCCAUCUCUUUGUUUAUGUUUGAUGGGUAAGCCAAACAUUGUAUCGAGAGGGGUAUUCAAUACAAUAGCUGCAUUCAUUAGCCACAACAAGAAAAAACUCAUAUAAUCAGUAUGAAAUUGAGAAUAGCCACAUUAUCUUCUA